UGUUUACACCUAGUCUCCUUGCAUUGCCGUCUCUCUCUGACUCACUAACCGGCUGCCUAUUUUUAUACCCCUCGGCGAUCAUGUGGCCUGCCCCCCUUUGCAGCUGUCCCUGGCACCAGGCCCCUGCCACACCCAUGUGUGUGUGUGUGUGUUGGUGCCAAUGUGUAUAUAUAUAACGGCACAGAUCACAACCCGACUGACUCUCCUCCGACCGCCCAGCCCAAGGACUGUCUGAUCUUCCACCCCCUCGACGACCAUGGGCAAAGUCCUCCUUCUGUGCCUGGCCGUGCUGAGCUUUGUCGGGAUCGGAGCGGCCCUGCAGUGCCUGAAAUGCGACUUCACCAUAUUUGGCAUCCCCUGCCACACCACCACCGUCACCUGCCAGGACAACCAGCUCUGCGCCACCAUCCGGGGCCGUGCAGCCGGCCACAAGCUGAUCAUGAAGAAGAACUGCGUUGACAAGGGGAAAUGCCACACCAACGACAACUCGACCUUCGCCGGCAUCACCUACAGCACCUCCUACGAGUGCUGCAAUGGCGAAUUCUGCAACUCGGCUGCGGGCGCCGGGGCCCAGCUCUCCCUGGCCGCAGGCCUGGCCGUGCUGGGGGCCUGGCUCGCCCGGGGCCUCUAAUCCCUGCUCCGCAAGCCGGGAGGCAAGAGGAAAUCAUUUCUGUUGGGGGGGCAAAAAAAAUCCAGCCUGGCCUUGCCUUUAAAUAGCCCCGCCCCUUUUCUUCUUAAAGGGGCGCUUGUUAGCCAGAGGUGAGACCCGAUCUUUGGCCUUUUCUUGGUCGUCUUCAAUCAUUAUAACCCGGGGACGAGGGGGCAAGACCCUUGGGGUCUGUCCGGAGAAGGAAAAUGGAUCCCCCUUUCUUUCGUGGUGGCCCCCCGAACGUUUUCACUCUUUGGUUCUGUUUCUUCUUGCCAAGUCUCACUCUCGGUCUGAUAAGCUACUGAUUGCUGCAGCCUCCAGCCCCCAAACCCGCCCCAGCUGGCACGCUGCCAGUUUUGUAUACCCCCCCCCCAAAAAAAAACAGGCGAGCAGCUGAUUUCCCCACCUGUCCCCGCUGGCUCCCGAUGACACGGGACUGUCAAUGAGGGAGCUGCGGCCUGCGGACAAAUGCACCUUUAAGAACCAGGUGCUGCGGCACCAUC